UGUUUACAUUCAGGUGAAUAUAUCUGACAUUCUUUUGUUUACGGUACUUAUAUGUGGUAUUAUGUGUAGUUCAUCAAAUCGAGUUCAACUCUCUUAACAUAUUGAAGAAAUAUUGAAGGAUAUACUUACUUUCUCCCGCUCAUUGAGGUUCAGUGUAUAAAUUCUUCAGCAUGUCUGCUAUUGCAAAUAUCUUCGGGAAAAGCGAUAAAAUACAAUGUAAACUUUACUGCAAACAAAGGACAUUGCAGAUAAUCAGCGUGAAAAAAGAUGACGAAGAUCCAGGAACAGAAACGUCAGGAAACGACCAUAGUAGGCCUACAGCAACUGAAUUCAAGGAAGUGGUGUCUGAAACAAAAAAAAAUAUAAAAACAAAUUGGAAAAAUAUAUUGGAAAUGAUGAACGACUACUUUGAGCGUCAGAAAACUAAAGAUUGCGCUUUAUCUAUCCCGGAAGAAUCUCCACUAAGAAUGCAGGUUAUUAUGGAAUUGGAGCCAAAGAAAUACUCGACAACCUCGCUCCGGAAAUCAUAUGAAACGCAUUACAUAUUCGUAGUUGAUAUUGACGUUUUCAUUGAAUUUAAGUCAGCGUUCCAGGAAAUAGAAACAGAUGAUCAUAUUUCUCUUCUCAUUUUUGAUGAAAAGACAGAACUACAAAUAGUUAAGAAGUAUAAGAAUGAAGUCCUGAAUAUUCUGAACGAGUACGGAGAAGACUUCGUGAAUAAGGUGAAACGGCACAAUCAGAAAAUAAAGGAAGGAGGGAAACUUUACCAAAAAGCAUGUUCUAGUGUAAUUGAAGCGUUGAGACUUGGGCCGGAAAAAACGUUGAACCAUCGACUUGGCGCCGCAGAUUCGGAUUUCCAUUCACCGUUGACUCCAAAUGAACAACGCCAUAUUUUUCUCAUAUCAGACGGUCACGUUGAUGGAUUAGCCAAUAAUUUGAUAGAACAAUAUAAGACAGAAGAAGAUAAAUUAGGAAGACGCGUCCCCGUCACCGUAUUCUCCAAAAUCUCUACAAACGUGCUCCAAGAAAUAGCUUGUGAACUUGGCAGUGAACCCGUUUAUAUGUUGAGUAUGGAAGACAGCAAAAUUCAGGAAAAUUCCAACAUCAAGGAAUCAGAUAAAAAAGACAACACAUCUAAUUCAAAAAACAACAAAAGUCUCGCUAGCAAUAUGCACGCACAGUUCAAGAAAAAAAUGGAGAAUGUGAAGUCUUCUGAUUUCUUAAAGAAUAUACGUGUCAGACUUAUGGCUAAAUCAGACUUGGGAGUGUAUUUCUGUUAUACAAAUCCAAAAUUUGCAAAGAAAAAAUUUCAGGAAGAUGAACCAAGCAAUAUGAAUUUAAAUAAGGAGUAUUUUAAAAUACAUAAAAGUCGGAAGUAUUCAACUGAGCUCGAAGUUUUCAAUCAUUUUUUAAAGAUUGGAGAAAAAAUGUGCUUUGCAUUUAAUUUGGAGCUACUUGGACCCAACAUAAAGGACGUUAGGAACAAAGAAAUCGUAGACAUUAGGGUUGACUUUUUGGAUACACAACAACAGGCACAAACAACAGUCCAUUUUAUAAAGAUGCUACUACCGAAUGAGCGGUCACGUGUUUUCAAGAGCAAAAAUCCCGAUGUUGAUGAAUACAACAAUGUUGAUUUUUCAUGUAAAUUGAGCCGUGGACCUUCCGCUAUCCGAAGUACUUCUGAAUUCGAAGCGUCAACUUCUAAACCAGUCGUAACCAGCUCACAUGCAGAAAAUAUAACUGAUAUUGAUGAUAUCAGUCUUUCAGUUUACAACGUAGAUUUUGAUCACAUGAAAGAACCGCCGUCUGCAGGGAAGAUGAGAAUAAAAGUGGCUCUCAAGCUUAGGCGAAACUGCACAAAUCCAAGAAACAUUGAAAUACUAAUCAAGCCAACUAAGAACAACGUCAGUUUAUUACAUGCGUAUCCUGACCCGGAUAAGGAUGAAGAUGGUAACUUACUUGGAAAUAUUUCUUGCAAAAACAAAGUGCAAGUGAUGCCGUUUCCUACUAAGCACUUGAAAAAGAUCGAAGGGAAAAACAAUCGAGAAAUCCUUUUUCGUUGGACAGUUGAUAGAACUUACUCUACGGAUAAAGAAUUGUGUGAAGAGUUUUACAUAGACUCAAAGAAGAAUAAAAAUGAAAAAUUUCAUGACCAAGAGGUUGCAAAAAUUGAGAUCAUUUAUGGGAAAGAGUUGACUACCGAGUAUUCGCUGUGUGUCUCCCAUUUUGAUCUAUUAUACCAUGUCAGAAAAUUCCACCAUAAAAUUGAAAUUUUGAGCUCUAUAAGGUACUUCAUUUCUUCUCCAACUGAUAAUCGAACGCAAAAUUCAGAGACUGAUUCGGUCAAAUAUAUGUUUGAUGCCGAAAAAGUGAAUGCAUUAGGAUUUCAUACAUUAAAGGGAUUUGUCGAAAAUCGGAACAAACACGGCGAAGGAGAAAAAAAGAGAAUAAUUGAAAAUUUAAAAGAAAUUCGCAUGAUGUCUACAUGUUGGAAUAAAGAGAAUGUUUGGGGCAUAAUAUUCAAGAAAGCUUUGGAAAUGUUAGCGACAUAUGAAUCCAAACAGAAUGAAUCUUUCCAAAAAUUACAACAUGUACUACGAUCACAACAGAUUAUGUCAGAGGAUGAAUUUCAGAAAUUUUUUAUAGAAGCAAAGAUGGAAUUUGUAACAUACAAGGCUUUGAGUGGCGCUAUGAUUGAUAGUAAUGACAGAAAAUCUGACAUGAGAGAUUCGAGCAACAUUGUGGAUAUAGGGAUGAAGGAACUAAAAUCGGUUGGAAAGGACAUUAUGGGAUGGCUGCUUAAAAACAAAAAUAUGGAAAUGUCACUUGUCAAGGCCCAUGAAAAAUCUAUUUUCGACAUUGAAGAGGCAACGAGAAUUGUUGCACGAAUUGAUAAAAAUCAAAACCCUAGCUAUGAAGAGAGAAGCGGUGUACAGAUGCUGAAAUAUUUCAAUUUCCCUACAUUAAAAAAUCUGUACCUAAAAAUAGCAGAGAUAUGGCACGAGGAACUCAACCUGAAAGAAGCAAUUUACUACAGAGAUAAGAAAGAAGACAAAGAGCAAAAUUUGCAGCAAAUUCUGGAAAAAGAUAGGAAUGACUGUUUGGAAAUGCUAGGAUGUGGAUCAGCAAACCACCGGGAAAGGAAGGAAAUGGAGGGGAAAUGGAAGAAGGAGUUAGAAAUUUUCAGAACGAAACUACAAAAUAAUGACACAGAUGAAAGUAAUAUAGAAGAAAUUCUACAAUUUUUACGAUGUCAAUGUUGGGAAGAAGUUGAAGCCUUGUACACAAAAGCAAUAAUGAGAAAAAGAAAACUGCUUCUUUUAGCAGACCUGAGCCAAUGUCGGAAUACUUCAGAAAACUUGAAAAGUCUGAUUAACCGUGCUACAAAAGACAUUGAUAAAUCAAUAGAAGAUUUCGUUAAAAAAUUACUCGAUAUGACUAAAAAUACAGAAGUGAAACAUACUUGGGAAAAUUCUGAAAACAAGUUGUUGAAAACUACUGACGUCGAAUGCAAUAAAGAAAAUCUUCAAGCGCAAUAUGCACUGACUCAAAUAAAGUACGAAGCAUAUAAGAACUUGAAAACGCUCAACUUGUUUCAGACGGAAACCUCGUACAGGAGAAAACUGUUAUUGAAUAGUGCUAUAACGAAUUUCGGCAUCAUUACCACAACGGUUAGAGAAAACCACUUUAAAUGGCUUGGUGAACAAAUUAGAGAAGUCAAGAAGCGAUGGGUCGGCGUUUUGAAUGAUGCACUUUCCAUCUUGUUUACGUCAAAGGAUAAUGAAACAGCAUUAACAGCAGGCAAACGCGAAAGUUAUAAUCCGAAAAAGCUGUCGGAAUUUGUAAGCCAAUGCUUACAAGAACAAGAAUUAUCACCGACAGAACCUGCCAGUGGACAAGUCAAUUACAUUACCGAUAAAACGUUUCCCAGCGUGUGGAUAGAAAAAUGGAUGCCUGAAGUGAAGGGAACUUUGGAGCAGCUUGAAAGCCGCCUAAAAAAAGAAAACAUUGAAUCAUCUCCGGAUGAAAUAAUAACGUUUGUUCGUGAUCAAAAAGCAAAGUUAGAAAAAUACUCUAAAGAACUGUUGGAUGGAUACACCACAUCGAAAGAUAUCGAAAAAGAAGUGAAUGAAUGGGAAAUAAUAUUCAGGGAAAUAAGGAAUAAUGUUGAAUAUGGCUGUGAGAAUCUUAAGCAACAAGAUCACGAGUUGUCCAAGAUGAUUGUUGAAUUGGAAUCCAGAUAUCGGAAUCUUAGAAUGUCUGUGUAUAACUACUACCCGUGUCCUCUAUGUUUCAUUGAUCAUCCCAAACAAAACCUACCACGGGUAUCUAACAGCGAACCUCUUAUGGAAGACAUUCUGAAAACAUUUAAACCAUUUGAAGAUCGAAUUCACAUGGCGAUGGAAUGCAAUGACUCAAUAAAAUUGCGCAGCAUAAAGCAAGAACUACAGAGAAAGAGCAUAAGCAAUAAAUUUGAAAAAAGAAUACGUAACAUGUUAAUACGCCUAGUAGACGCAUUCAACAUCCUACUUGAAUACAAAAGUACGGGGAACGAAGAGACGUUAAUCACUUUCAUGGCUUUGUUUGGGCAAUUGCAACAAGAAAUUGGAGCCGACAAACUUUUUGAAAAACAUUAUCCGCAGUCAUUCGAAAACAAAAUCUUCUGUUUGAAAAACAACAUUGUUCGAGAUGAAAAAAUAGAAGAACUAACGGACGAAACAAACGAGAUCGAUGAUGUCGCCCAGGAAAGUCCAUCAACGUUAAAACAAAAUACUGACGAUAACGAUGUGACUGAAGAUCCACGAGAAUCUAACAAUGUUCCAGAAUCAGAACCCGUUACUGAAAUCGAAGUAAAGUGUGACCACUUGGAAAAAAGUUGGUUAAGAAUAAAAGUAAUUCUUUUACUCAAUGUCUCGCCAAAGAACGAAGAAAAAAUAAAAAAGGCGGUAAAUAAUGCCGACAAAAUUUUGGACGAUUUACGUGAAGGCAAUGUAAAAUUGAAGAAUGAGAUCGAAAAAUAUUCUUCCGACGCUAAAAAAAGAUUGGAUGAGUAUAGAGCUAUCAAAUUAGAUAUGGAAAACAGAUUAAAACAAUCGGAAGAAAACUUACCACAAAAAUUGUUUUCGAGACACCCGGCUAACUACAAGCAUAUUUGUGCAUGGCUUGAGAAUAUUACAGAAUUCAAAGAGAAAGCUCUUGAAUUUGGAGUCCUUACUGAGAAAUACAAAACCCGUAUUAAAGAAGCUUGUAAAGCUAAGGCUUCUUUGGAAAAGGCUAAACAGACUUUAUUAGAGCAGGUUACAGGAAUAUUGUCAGUUAUUGGCGAAGCUAGAAUGAAGCCGGAAUAUUUCGAGGACGUGCAAAAGGGCAUAAAAGAUAUGAAAAGUGCUUUGGCACUUCUCAAAACAUUUUCAACCGUUUUGACAACAAGUGACCAAUUGUUUGUAUUAGAUGUAAAACAGAGAUUAAAUAUGGUAAUUUCUGAAAUAAGAUCAUCGAAAAGCAUUCAGAAAAAUUUGAAGAGUGCGUUGAAAACUCUGAAUAUUCAGAAAAUUGAAGACGCUAUAGCUGAAGCACGACGAGCUGUAUUUAUCGGAAACAAUGAGAUCAGAGGAGCUGAAAAGCAACUGGAACUUUUGAAAAAGAGGAAACCUCAACCGCCUUUGUCCCGAGAAAACAAAAACACCCAAACAAACUUUUGUGAAACUCCCGAUUCAUCAAGCAUCCGCAAUGAAAUUGAUGAAACAAGCGACGAAAAACCGAACAAGCGACCAAAAACAAGCGAUCCUCAAAAGCUCCGAUUAAAAGAAAUUGCUGCAAAGAUAUCAAGGUCGUCUACAAUGGAAAUUUGUUCGUACAAUAAACCUCUUCGUCGUAUUCACGAUAUAAUGAUUGUUGUUUACCUUCUUCUCGGGGAAGAGGAAAAAUGGUUGGAAAACUGGGAAAAUAUCAGGACACUUAUGCGCUCUGAGGGAAGAAAAUCCUUCAACUACCGAUCAAAACACUUCAAUGUAGAUAAAAUCUCGAAAACUAAUUUACAAUUAGCACAGGAAAAAAUCAGGGGGCUGAAUUUGCAAUAUUCAGUCAAUAUGAGUCAAGCUGGAGCCCUAUAUUACGCAUGGGCCAAAAGAGCCUUAAACAGAGCUUGCGAUUUAGACACUGAUACAGAAGAACCCUGCAAGUCACCACUUCACAUACAUGGAAUCGACCGUCAUUUUUCCAUAUCUUAAGCACAAAGAUUUCCUUAUAGAAAUAUAUUUUCAUAAUUCACAUAUAUAGAUUCAAUUGCGAGAAAACGUAGUCAUAGUAAUUCACUUUCAUUUAUUUAACUUGUGUGUGUAAAAUUUGAAAGAUUCGCAUUUGCCUAUUCUAGUACAUGGGUCACUAUUAUUGAUAUAUGUAAAAAGCGCGUGAUACAUAAUUGAAAUAAAUCUUUCAACUAUUUUACUAUUGAGAUUUGCAUGUGUUUUGACUUUUGUGCAGGAUAGGAAACUAACAAGAUUGUAAUCGGGACUUUGUCACAGUUUAUUUAACGCAAGACUGAUUGUAUUAAUGUCAAUCCA